UCGGCGGUCAUCAACAACAUAUUAGCCAUAGAAACGUCCCUACCACACUCGUACGUGCUUAAUCUAUCUUAAUCGUCAUCUCAGCCACUCUUAGUCUAUCAUGGUGCCAGUGGUCGCUUCAGAAAGACGUUACAACUUCCGAUCCGGCGGUAAUGACGCCGAGAACUACGCUUCAAAUCCUCAGACGAACGCUCAUACAGACAUGACAGCCUUCGAGACUACCUCAAGGACUGAGGCAGAGAACCUCCAGCCCAUUGCCGCUCGCGGCGCUGAUAACCAACCUACCCAGCGUGACUACGCUAGAGAAGACACGGAGACAGAGCGGUCCGAACAAACCCUAAAUGUCCUAAAGACGAGGUGGACGACAUAAUCAGCAGCACUGAUGAUCAGGAGAGGACCCAGAGUAGCGCACAAGGUCGUAGUCGUGACAAGCUCGUCGACGCCUAGAAGCAAGAGAGUGAAGUCGAUCAAUCUAUGCAGAAUGCUUACUGGCCUCGAAGAGGCUGAUUAGGAUGUCGAGUAUUGGCAAUGCUGUCGGGAACCAACAAUAAUUGUACCCCAAUGACACCAUGUUGAACAGUUCACGAAGUAUAAUUACUGUAGAUAUAACUAUACAAUGGGACCUUGGCCGGCCCUUAACUUACGUCUGAACCCGAAAUAUGACCGAGUAUUGAGGAACUCA